AUGUCUAAGGUGGCGGCCUAUGGUAGUUGGACGAGUACCAUUACGCCGGAUUUAUUUGCUAAAGGAAAUUGUAAGGCUAUCUGCGAGCUGCAAGCUGUUGACGAUGGUGUCUUCUGGGUGGAACAGAGCGCGACUACUGGCAAACGCGAACUCUACUAUCAAUCGGGAAACCUGUCAGCGAGUCGUGUUAGAUGGGCCCCGGAGCAAUCUGUGCAGAACUGCGUCCAUGAAUAUGGCGGAGGAUCGUUCAUACCCUUAAAGGAUGGCUCCGUAAUCUACAGUACUGUAGAUGGCGUGUUUCAUCAGGCUAUUCAUGAUGCUGCUCCAAUAAAGCUCGCUGACUCUAGUGAGAAGAAACUAAGGUUUGCCGACUUUUCUGCUACCGAUACGCAUAUCUAUUGUGUGAAUGAAUCUCAUCUUCAGCCAGGUGUUGAUCCAGAAAAUCGAUUGAUAUCUAUCGAUAGACAGACAAAGGAGCAGAAAGUGGUUGCUAGCGGUGCGGAUUUCUACGCAUCGCCUCGUGUUUCGAAAGACGGUAAAAGGCUGGUAUGGAUGCAAUGGAAUCAUGUGAACAUGCCGUGGGAUGAGACGUCCAUUCACUUGGCUGUACUUCAUGAUGAUGGAACAAUAAGCAAUGAAGUCGUGAUUAAGGAUGGCACUGGCAAGAAGAUCAACUACUAUUGUCCAAGUUGGUCGGAUGACAAAUUACUAAUGGUAAACGAUUCAUCCAACUUUUGGAACGUCUACGAGGUAGACAUCAUUGGACCAGAAUUUAAGGAGAAGAACUUGUUCCCAGUCGAACGCGAAAUUGGUUAUCCUCAAUGGCAAUUUGAUGAUCGACCAUACGCAUCGAAUGGGUCCUGCAUGAUAAUGAACGUGGGCGGGCGGCUGAUGUCUCGGCGAGAUUGCAUAGUUAAAACGGUCCCAACACCUGGAUACACCGUAUUCUCACAUUUGAGUAUUACAAACGGCGAUAUUGUUUAUGCAAUCGCUGCAGGACCACGCAAAGCUUCUUGCAUUAUCAAAAUUGAUAUGUCUAAAGAGGAUCAGGACCCGACCCUAUCUGUAGUACGUACUGCACGUGACGACGCUGAUCUCGAAUCGCUAGAUAUCAGUGAACCGGAACGGAUUGAGUUCCAAUCAGAUGGUGUGCCAGUAUCGGCUCUGUUUUACACACCUAAAAAUCGAAACUUCACAGGACUACCCGGCACACUGCCUCCGGUACUAUUGCUUGGUCACGCCGGUCCUACAGCGACUGCUACCGAUUCUCUAAAUCUCAAGAUUCAAUUCUUCACAUCGCGUGGAUUCGCUGUAUUAGAUGUUAACUAUCGUGGGUCUACAGGAUUCGGAACGAAUUUCAGGAAUAUGCUGAAAGGCCAAUGGGGCGUGGUUGAUCGCGACGAUAUGAUCGCAGCUGCUAACUCAGUAAUAGCAAGACGAUUAGUGGACCCAGAGAAGGUGUGCAUUUUGGGAAGCUCGGCUGGAGGAUAUCUCGUCCUUGCCGCUUUGCUUCAUUCAGAUGUGUUCAAAGCUGCUGUAUCUAUCUACGGAGUUGCAGAUCUCGUUGGUCUUCUCAAGGAUACUCACAAGUUCGAACGUGGUUAUAACGAAGUGCUCAUCGGAAAAUACCCAGAGGACGAGCAGAUCUACAAGGAUCGCAGCCCAAUAUAUCAUAUUGAUCGGUUGCAAACGCCAAUCGCAUUCCUGCAUGGAAAGGAAGACACGGUAGUACCAGUGAGUCAAAGUGUCGAGAUGUAUGACAAAUUACGAGAGAAAGGUGUUACAACAGCGCUGAUGCUUUUUGAUGAUGAGGGACACGGAUUCCGUGGACCGGAUGCAGUCCGACGUAGCACCGAAGCUUCCUAUGUGUUUCUAUGCAAGGUGCUUGGUAUACAACCGUCAAUUUCGUCAGACAUCCAAAUCGUCAACUCUAAGAAAUAA